GUCGGCAGUGUCAAUCAUGGACUUACUCUAUAAGGAUGGAGUCCUCGUAGCUAAAUCCUCGAGUUCAACUCUCUCUACUGGAAGACUGGAGCAUCCAGUUGGGCAGACGAAGGAUCGCAUCAAUUUUCUCAGUUCUUUUCCACUUUCUUUUGAUUCUCGGCCAUUAUGGAGAAGAUCUGGCGUUUGAUUUGUUUGCUGAGCUUUGUGGAGGUUGUAACUUUUAGCCAUGCAAGAGUGCCAGGGGAACAGCCUCUCUCUAAUAUUGCCAUUCAUAGAAGCACUCUUGCUCUGCACGAGUCUGCCUAUAUUAAAGCUUCUCCUCUAGUUCUUGGCUUGAAGGGUGAAAACAGUGAAUGGGUGACUUUGAAAUUUAGUCAUCCCAACCCAUCCAUUGAUGAUUGGAUAGGAGUUUUUUCUCCUUCGAACUUUAGUGCAACAACUUGUGAACCUGAAAAUAAAAAAGAUGAGCCUCCACUCUUGUGUACUGCCCCUAUUAAGUACCAAUAUGCAAAUUACACGAACCCAAGUUACACAAGUACAGGCAAUGGGAUUUUGAAGCUUCAAUUGAUCAAUCAGAGAGCUGACUUUUCUUUUGCUCUGAUUUCUGGUGGAAUCUCAAAUCCAAAGCUGAUUGCUGUCUCAAAUACAGUAACAUUUGCAAACCCGAAAGCUCCUGUUUAUCCACGUCUAGCUCAAGGGAAGUCUUGGAAUGAAAUGACAGUUACUUGGACUAGUGGUUACGAUAUUAUAGAGGCAGUACCUUUUGUUGAGUGGGGCCUGCAAGGAAGGGCUCAGAUGCAGUCCCCAGCUGGAACUUUGACGUUCAGUCGUAGCAGCAUGUGUGGUUCUCCAGCACGGACUGUGGGAUGGCGUGACCCUGGCUUCAUCCACACCAGCUUUCUAAAAGAAUUAUGGCCUAACUCAAUGUAUACCUACAGACUGGGUCAUAGAUUAUUUAAUGGCUCAUACAUUUGGAGUCAAGUUUAUCGUUUUAGAGCAUCUCCUUAUCCUGGACAAAGCUCCUUGCAGCGAGUUGUUGUUUUUGGUGAUAUGGGAAAGGCAGAGCGUGAUGGUUCCAAUGAGUAUAGUAAUCACCAGCCUGGUUCUCUGAAUACAACAGAUCAACUCAUCAAGGACUUGAAUAAUAUAGAUAUAGUCUUUCAUAUUGGUGAUAUCUCUUAUGCUAAUGGAUAUCUAUCACAGUGGGAUCAGUUUACGUCACAGAUUGAGCCAAUUGCUUCAACUGUACCAUAUAUGCUUGCAAGUGGAAAUCAUGAGCGUGACUGGCCAGGAACAGGUUCCUUUUAUGACAACAUGGACUCAGGCGGGGAGUGUGGUGUGUUGGCUGAAACCAUGUUUUAUGUUCCUGCUGAGAACAGGGAGAAAUUCUGGUAUUCAACAGACUAUGGCAUGUUCCGGUUCUGUAUAGCUGACUCAGAGCUGGAUUGGAGGCCAGGAACUGAGCAAUACAAAUUUAUUGAACACUGCCUAGCAACAGCCGAUAGACAGAAGCAGCCGUGGCUGAUCUUCAUGGCACAUCGUGUUUUGGGCUAUUCCUCGAGUCCAUGGUAUGCUGAAGUAGGAUCCUUUGGUGAGCCCAUGGGUAGGGAGAGCUUACAGAAUCUAUGGCAGAAGUAUAAGGUUGACAUUGCACUUUAUGGCCAUGUACACAGUUAUGAGAGGACAUGCCCUGUCUAUGAGAACAUAUGCACGAGCUCGGAGAAGUCUCAUUACAGAGGCCCGCUUAAUGGCACCAUUCAUGUAGUUGCAGGUGGUGGAGGUUAUAACCUUGCUCAAUUUGUCACUCUUCAGACGAACUGGAGUCUGUUUCGAGAUAGUGACUUUGGAUUUGUAAAACUGACAGCAUUUAACCAUUCAUCCCUGUUGCUUGAGUAUAAAAGGAGCAGCAAUGGUAAGGUCUAUGAUUCUUUCACCAUCAACAGGGACUACCCAGAUAUCCUUGCCUGUGCUACUGACAGUUGCAGACCCGUAACAAUGGCUUCCUAAUUUCCCACUCUGAUUCUUCCAUGAAAGUAGAUUGCUCUGUUAGUGUCUUAAGUGGUAAUGGGGGUGAAUGAGAAAGUAUGAGAUGCUUCAGCUGCGGCCUUCGAGCUAGUAGACGUUAAAAAACAAAAUCAUCGAUGAGGCUUCCCUUUGUGUAAUCCAUGUUAUACAGUUGAUUUCCAUCGGUUUAUUAAAUAAAUGGUGCUGCAUGGUUCUCCUUGCGUUUCUUAGUUUAUAAUACACCAUGCUUCAUUUCUCAUCUUGUUGGAGUUGUAAAGUUUG